UCACGUUUUCUCUCCGCCGAAGAUGUCAUCUUCCUCAUCCGGGACGAUAGAGGAAAAGUCAACCGUCUCCGCACUUAUCUCAGUUGGAAAGACGUCCGCAAACGUGCCAAAGAAGACGAAGAUCGCGCGGGAGAGGUGGAGGAGGAGAUCGAGGAUGGAGCGGCGGGUGGGGAAAAGGCAGCAGUGAAGGGUAGGAAAACGAUGGUUAAAUUACCUUGGGAGGUCCUUACCCCUUUUUCAGACUUUCUGAAGGGUUUACCAGGAAGACCAGCGGAUGAUGAUGACGAUGAGGAUGAUGACGAGGUUCAGGCGUAUCAAGAUUCGAUGCAAAGAUUGAGGGACGCCGAUGAAAUAACAAAACGAAUGACUAAAGACGAAUAUGUUCAUUAUUCCGAUUGUCGUCAAGCUUCUUUCACCUAUCGCAAAGUACGUCGGUUUCGUGAUUUCGUAAAUUUCGCAGCAUACCUCGACCUUCGACCUAACGACGACAUCAUCGACAUUCUAGGUUUCUUAUCCUUCGAAAUGGUUCGUUCUUUAUGUGUCACCGCACUCGCCGUCAGAGAUAGAUUAGAACAAUAUCCUGCUCCUCAUCCUGUCCUCGCACCGAUACAUCAACUUCAUUCUCAGAGACACAAAUCCGUCCCUGCCGUCACACCUGGACAAAGUUUGUUCGCCCCUCCUCCAAGUGCCAAACAACCGUUACAUCCGGCUCAUGUUCUAGAGGCGUUUGCUCAAAUACAAAGAACUCAAGCGGCGAAUCGGGUCGGUGGUUUGAGGAAUUUCAGAGGGGGUCUGAUGACUGGUAGAAUAGCCUUGGUUUGA